ACGACUAAGUUGCUCUGAGACAUGCCGGCCACUCGCAGCGCAUAUGGUAAUAAGGCAGGGGGACAAACUCUCCCCCCUCCUUUCUUCUGCUCUGUGAUGGUUCUUGCCCCCUCCUCUCUCUCUCUCUUUCUCUCUCUCUCUCUCCCCCUGGCAGGGGAGGAGUGUGUGUGUCUAAGUGUGUGUGUGAGCGAGAGGAAGCAUGCGGCGCGAUGUCAUUGAGCAUCUCAGAGUGGAGCAGCACAGUUGACUCAGUUGAGCCCGCACCGGCCCGGCACACACUCUGCUGCAGACACUCAAAGAGUCACCGUCUCUCUAGCUUGCUCUCGCUCGCCCCGCUCUCACAUGCUUUGCUUGCGCUCUCGUGCACGCACACACACGCGGAGGCUCAGCUCAGUUCUCCAGCGGCUGCAGCGGAGUACAGAGGAGUCCGAGGGAGAGAGAGAGGAGGAGAGAGAGAGAGGACAGGCGGCACAGACGUCAAGAGAGGGACAGAGAGAGAGGGAGAGAGAGAGAGAGGGAGAGAGAGAGAGGAACGGGAGGCAGGCAGAGCUGGAUAGCUGGUGGCUCACUCCCACACCUCAUCUUCACUUUGCUGGGACAGACACAGAAUUGAUGUCCGAGGAGGCAGAGUUGGAUGUGAGAGGCAGUGAGUGUGACACAGUCCCACAAGAGCCAGGCACAGACCCCGAGCCGCCCAGGCCACCUCCGGCUAAGUCUGACGGAUCCACCGGCACCGCUGGCAUUAGCACGAGCAUCCCUUCCAGUAGCCACAGUAGCAGCAGCAGCAGCACCAUCACCACCACCUCCAGCAGCAGCAGCAGCAGCAGCAGCAGAAGUGGUCUGGGUGGCGUUAGCAUCGUUAGCAGCAGCGCUGAGGGAGCAGGCGAAAGCUCCAUGCAGUUCAGCACCAGACCGCCUAGUGCUGAGCAGCCGGGCUUCAUGGGGACAUGGCAGCCGCAGAGCACUGACAGCAACCUCCUCUACAGAAUGUCCCAGCAGGGUGCUGUAACGCGGCUUCCUUUGAAGUGCGACAGGUCGACUAUGGGCCGAGACCUGGAAGAGGCCAUUCGCUGCACACUGGUGAACUGCACAUGUGAGUGUUUCCAACCCGGGAAGAUUCAUCUACGAACAUGUGACCAGUGCAAACAUGGCUGGGUAGCUCAUGCUCUGGACAAGCUCAGCACCCAGCACCUGUACCACCCCACACAGGUGGAGAUUGUUCAGUCCAACGUGGUGUUUGACAUCAGCAGCCUGAUGCUGUACGGCACCCAAGCAAUACCCGUGAGGCUCAAGAUCCUCCUGGACCGUCUCUUCUCUGUGCUGAAGCAGGAAGAGGUGCUGCACAUCCUGCACGGCCUGGGCUGGACCCUCCGAGACUACGUCAGGGGCUACAUACUGCAGGAUGCUGCAGGCAAGGUGCUGGACCGCUGGACCAUCAUGUCUCGAGAAGAAGAGAUCAUCACCCUGCAGCAGUUCCUGCGCUUUGGUGAGACAAAGUCCAUUGUGGAACUGAUGGCCAUUCAGGAGAAGGAAGGUCAAGCAGUUACUGUACCCUCUUCCAAGACAGACUCUGGGAUUAGGACAUUCAUUGAAAGCAACAACAGGACCCGUAGCCCAGGGCUCUUGACACAUCUGGAAAACAGUAGCCCAUCCAGCAUUCACCAUUUUGAGAAUAUACCCAACAGCUUAGCAUUCCUCCUGCCCUUCCAAUACAUCAACCCAGUCUCUGCCCCCAUGCUUGGCUUACCUCCCAAUGGCUUGCCAAUGGAGCAGUCUGCUCUCCGGCUCAGGGAGCCCAGCCUGCCAAAUCAAAGUGAACAGGUGGAGACCAGUGAAUCAGAAGUGUCCCUGUCACCCUUCCGCACAGGCCAGAGCCCCAGCCGGGGAGCCCUGGGAAGCAUUAAUAGUAACAUUGAACCCAAGACGGAGCCCAACAACAGGGCAUCACCCAUCUCCCCGUCCCCUUCGACCCAGCAGGCUCAACAACAGCAGCAACAGCAGACACAGCUUCAACAGCAGCAGCAGCAGGGCCAACAGCAGUCCCAAAGUCAGUCUCAACAACAAAACAGUUUGAGUGAUCAUCAAGUCCAUCACCACUUUGUAAAGGACGAGCACUCUAAAUCUAUCACUCAUCCUUCUUUUUCCUCCAAAAUGCAUCGCAUGCGUAGGAUGGGAGCCACCUCACGCAAGGGUCGCGUGUGCUGCAACUCUUGCGGCAAAACUUUUUAUGACAAAGGUACACUAAAGAUACAUUAUAAUGCUGUACACUUGAAGAUUAAACACCGUUGUACCAUUGAGGGCUGCAAUAUGGUCUUCAGCUCACUACGCAGUCGUAAUCGCCAUAGUGCCAAUCCCAAUCCAAGGUUGCAUAUGCCCAUGCUGCGCAAUAACCGUGACAAGGACCUAAUCCGUGCCAAUUCAGCCCCUGGUACACCAGUCAUCUCAAGCACCAAGAAUGGUGGCUUUACACUCACCAGCCCUGGAAGACCACCACUGGGCUUCACUACUCCACCAGUUGACCCUAUGCUUCAGUCACCAUUGCAAAGCCCACUGGUGUUCCCCACUCUGAAAUCAGUGCAGCCUGUGCAGCCAGUACCCCCCUUCUACCGUACACUACUGUCACCUGCAGACCUUGUUAGUCCCCCAGUGUCACUGCCCACCAGCCCCAUUCUGCCCACCACCACCAACAGUACUACCUUGAUGGACCAACAACAACAGAUCCUGGCUGCUGUGGCUUCACACAACAACGUUCACGUGUCAGAUGCAGGCCCAAUGUCCCAUCGCCUACAUACAUCCAGUGCCAAUCAUGAUCCCAUGACUGGCAACAGUGACCCCACGCCCAAAAAGAAGCCUCGUAAAUCUAGCAUGCCAGUGAAGAUUGAGAAAGAAGUAAUAGAUGUGGCAGAUGACUAUGAGGACAAAGAUGAUGAUGACGAUGAUAACCUCCACCACAAUCACCACCAUCACCAAUCAUCCCUCCUUCACAACAACGUCAAAAUGAAUGGUAACUGUAACAGCAACAACAACAGUGGUACUGGAAAUCACAGUGGUGGCAGUGGGCAGCAAUCGCCUUCCCAGGAUGAGAUGAGCCCUGGCCUAGCUAUGAGAGGCAUGAUGAGACAGAGUGAAGAUGAAUGUCGGGAAGGGGCUGGUGGUGACAGUAGGGGCGGAAAUGAUCUUCGAGGCUCUGGCGAGCUACGAUGUAUGGACAGUUUCACCUCUGAGGACCAGGACCAUGAGAGAGACUUUGAAAAUGAGUCUGAAACUUCAGAUUCCAAGAUGUUCUUUCGUGACGAACUGAUAGAUGUGGAUGAACAGCAAAAACAUUUCAGGGGCAGAAGGGGUCUGGACAAGGAACACGACGAUGAGAAUGGUGAAGAAGCCCAUUUAAGAAACGAAAUGGAAGGAAAGGGUCAUUCCUCACCCUCCCCGCAUCAACCCCCUAUCAAGAUCAAGGAAGAACUAAAUGACCCUACAUAUGAUAUGUUUUGUAUGGGCCAAUAUGGCCUCUACAAUGGUGGCAUGGCAGUAGCUGCUGCCACUGCUGCAAGCAUGGCUGCUCUUCAUGAGAGCUUCAUCUCCUCAAUGGGCUAUGGCGCCAGUCCACCAAAGUUUCCUUCUUCUCAGUCGCCAGAGGGAGAUCCAUGCUCAAGUCCUGACCCCAAGAUCUGCUAUGUUUGUAAGAAGAGCUUCAAGAGCUCCUAUAGCAUGAAACUGCACUACAAGAAUGUGCACCUCAAAGAGAUGCACGUGUGUACUGUGGCUGGCUGCAACGCUGCCUUUCCUUCACGGCGAAGCCGAGACAGGCACAGCUCCAACAUCAACCUGCACCGCAAACUGCUGACCAAAGAGCUGGACGACAUUGUCCUGGACCCCCAACUCACGCCACUGCCCAAGGACCUGCGAGCCGAGUUUCUUGCAAAGAUCUACGCCGGGCACCACAUGGGCAUGGACCAUAUGACUGGGAUGGGCAUUGGAGGCGCCAGCCUCGGGCCCGCUGGCUUUAACCACAGUGUCCGUUCCCCAAUGAGCACCGAGUAUCCCCACCAUCCUCUCAACCAAAACCUUCGAAACCACCACACCAACGGCUUCUCCCGAGGCCAGCCAGACGACUAUAUGGUGUUGGACCUGAGCACCACAUCCAGCAUUCAGUCCAGCAGCAGUGUCCACUCCUCCCAUGAGUCAGACGAAGGCAGCGACGAGGGCAUCCUGUUGGAUGACCUGGAGGGGGAGGAGGGAGAGGAGGAUGAGGAGGAGGGCAACAGCGAUGGGGAGGACUGCUCUCAGAGGGCCGGGGGGCGGGCUGAAGGGGGUAUUCAGGAUGAGACUGGAGAGCUAAGAGGAGAAGGACAAGGUGAGGGGAUGGAAAUGUCCUCCUCGCCGUUCCUCCUUUCGUCCACUGGGGGCAGUAACGGUGGCAGUGGUGGGAUCCUCUGCAACAUCUGCCACAAAAUGUACAGCAACAAAGGGACCCUACGUGUGCACUACAAGACUGUGCACCUGCGGGAGAUGCACAAGUGUAAAAUCCCCGGUUGCAACAUGGUGUUCAGCUCUGUGCGCAGCCGUAAUCGACACUCUCAGAACCCCAACCUCCAUAAAAACAUGCCCUUCUCCACAAUAAUAGACUGAAUAAUGACUUGUUACUCUACCCCGCUGUCAGUCUGCCUGCUCCUCCCUUCAUUCCUCAACCUUAUUCCUCCUUAAAUUAGCUUUUAACCCCAGCCCAGGGCCAUGAAAUACAAGCGCAAUGCCUGUAUGCCUCCUGCCCGUCCUCUAUAAAUCAUAGCAAGACAUUUCUAUGUCCCUCAAUUAAAUUCAUUGACUCUAAAUAUAGUUUAAUAAUGUGACAUUUGACUUUUCCUUCUUUGGAAGAACAGGAAAGCGCUCUUCAGCAUGGAGUUUGCUUUAUUACAAAACUCCACUUGUUUUUCUUUUUUUUCAUAAGCCCUUCCACUUUUCCUUUAAAACGUCUCCCCCAGUUUGUUUUCAUGUCCGUCUCCAAAGAAUCUAUUCAAACUCUUAUUUGUGACUUUGCCUGCAGAAAUCAUAGUAUUGAGAAAAAAAGAAAAUCUUCUUGUUGUAUUUGUGUAAUGAUAGCUUUUAAAAUGAACCCCUUACAAAAGCAUGACAGCUUCAUUUGUAAAUAAUGUCCCAAGAGGCUUUUGGUGUAACAGAGUUGUGUUGAUGGUUGUUUGCUUCUUUUCUCUCUCCUCUUUAUGGUUUUAUGUUACAGUCCAGUACAAUACUUCCAGCUAUAGGCAAGAAAGAGGUAGCAUCGUACUAGCUUGACUCAUUUAUGUUAGCUUCAAAGACACGUUUUAAACUGAGUCCUAGGAAAAAAAAGAAUAUCAUGUGGCUUGUUUUAUCUACUUGUUAGAUAUUCAGAGGUUGCCGGCAUGCUUUUUUUAGGCUCCUACACUGAUAUCAUUCUGUGUAUUUCUAUUGAUUUUUUUCGUUUGUUAUGUUUAUGAGCUUUAGUAUACAAUUUCAGUUUUUGCACUUUGCAUCUAUACAAGGGGAUGUGUAAUAUUAUUAUAAUGAGGACUUUUGCAAUGGUAGGUUUAGGUGUUUAGGGUCAUUGAUGGCUACAGUGCCAAGGGAAAUGUCAGUACCUUCACCAUACAUGUGCCAGUUUCUUUUUGCACGCCAAAUACAGUUUGAAAAUCCCCUUGCCUCCCUGAGUAAAAAACGUUUCACCAAACAACACAUUUUCUCCAAAAUGUCAAGUUUCAUAACAAACCCUGAUGUGACUGCUGCUCACAAACACAGAGGAGAUAAAAAUUCAUUAAACUGCUUCUUUUAUUUUCAAGAAAUGGCCUUUGUAUUGAAGUCAAACAACAUAUGUUGUUCAGUGGGGUAAUCUGUGUGCAGUAUGACAUUUAUUGUGACACUGUCUAACAAGUUAUAAAUGCAAAAAGUCAUGUUUGUUCUUUAAAAAAGGCAACAAAGCUGUCCCAUAGAUUUAAAAGAAAAAAUGAAAAUAGUCCUUCAACUGUGACCAAAAUAAGAUUGUUUUUCAGUGUGACCUUGUACUUAAAUCUGACUGAUUGGAUUAAUAUGAUGCACUUGACUCUUAAAUAUUUUGCUGUGAUAUUUUUAGUAUUGCUUCUCAAUGCUAAUUGUCAGCUACUCUAUGAAAAAUGUCUUUUCUUUUCUGGCUGUUAGUCACAGCCUUUGAAUCCAUGACUGUCUCACGGUACAAAUAUUUCCAGUAACUGGGCAAAGUAGCCAAGGGAAGGGGUAUUUAUUGGUAGGUGAUGUAUCUUCAUGAAGAUGUUUUGUCCAGUAUAAGAAUAUUUUUUUGUAAAAAGAUGAAAAAUAGAUAUUUUUUCCUUAGUUUGACUUCUUUAUCAAUGUAUUAGCAAUGCCAUGUGUUACUACACAAGGAGAUCUUCUCUUACUUGACUGGUGCUACACACAGAGGGAAAAAUAUGCAGUGUUAUGUGGUGUGCUGUACAGUAUUCACAACACUUUACAUCCAUAACAGUGUUCACUUCCAUUUGUUUCAUACUUAAGCCGUUUUGCAAUAUAGACAUGACCUAUUCUAGUGAAAUAUGUCAUGUCUUUUUUUUUAAAGACUCCACCUCUAUGACACAUGCAGUUUUCAGUCCUCUGUUCUCAGAGAUAAAACGAGCGAGGCAGAGAAGUGAGGCUGAUGGAAAGGUUGCGGAGGUGGAAGGCUGACUAGGGAGGAAAGGAUGACAGCAAGGAUCAUUAAAAUUGUGCUGCUUCUCCGUUACCUGGAGGCGUCCCUGCCAUUCCGGCUUCUUCUGUCUAAUAACUCACUUGUCACUUUGUUACACUGCCAGACACCAAGGCUGCUGACAUGACUGUGACACUGACAGAAAGAGAAAAAGGAGAGAGAUUGUGUGUGCUGAAAAAUUCAAUUACGCUCAUCCAGUUUAGUCGGAUUUAAUUUGCCUGUUCAUUUUUUCACAUGUGCUUUUUCUUAUCCACAGCCGCUGAUAAUUCAAUUCAGCUCCUUUCUCCCACUCUGUUUCUCUCUUUGUCUGUUAGAGCACAGUCAUUUAACAACCGCCUUACCCAUUUCUUCAACCCGCCACUCACUUACCACCUCCACACCCCACAGCGCAGGUCCUACAGGGACACACGCUAAUAGUGUAUGCUUAAGUUCACCGGACGGCCAUGGCAUAGGAAAAAGGGAUGGGUAAUUGCCUGUUUAUCCCAAGUGAAGGGAAAAUUGAGUACAGGAACCCCUGUCUUCUCCCAGGAGUGGGUUUCACUGAGGCGCUCGCUGCCUCAUUCACUCAUUCAAUCCCCCCGGCCCUCGCUCGGGCAGAAAUAAAAAAGUGCUACUCCAGGAACCCUGCUGACAGCUGUCUCUCUAACACACAUGAGGAGGAGAGUGGCGCUCACUCACAUGUGCUUCCUACUUACAGGCUAGAAGGAUGACAAGAUCUAGAUGACUUGUUAACCUCUAGUGAUAGAGGAGACAGGGCCAGAGACAAAUCUAGAGUAUUCUCACCACAGGAAAUUAAACUCUCCAUCUAGUAUUCAAGUUAUAGCUGCUGUCAUGAUGUGGAAAGCUAAGAGAGUGGUCUGAGGAAGCUUUGAGUCAGGAAUGGGAUGACAAAAGACCUUGUUAUCACUAAUUACUUUUAAAAUUGUAAAUUAUUUCUAAACAUACUUUAGAAAAAAAGACAAAGACAAGAAAUUUAUAUUUCAGAAGUUUGUUUUCAGUUUUCUAGAAAACAGAGAACUGUUCAUAACAAAUCUUAAAAAAUGCCCAGAUCAUAAAAACUCAAGUUUCUUUCUGUCCUGUUCUUUUCUAACAAUUUAUCAAGCAGCAGCAGCUGCAGUGCAUGACCUCUCUAUCUGUGUACUGUGUGUGCAAGACAAAAAACUGAAUAUUACAGAAGAGAUUCCCUUAUAACUCCCCUCUUCUACCUCCUACGGGCUGCUUCUGAGUCCUGCAUGGUGCUGGUCUUGCCAGCAGAGCUGAGAGCUGGAAACAGAGCUGAGAAAAAACAUGCAAAGACUGUCCGGCAUAGCCAGGGAGACAGACGGCAAGAGAGAAGGGAGAGACGGUGGAAAGGGAUUGGUUUUUUUUUUAAGAGAGUGGUGUGGUUGGAGCCUUGCGGCAGUCACUUAACAAGGCAGAGGAGAAAGAGAGGAACACAGGGAGAAGAGAGAGCAAGAGAGCAGCAGCAGCAGGGCCAGGGCUCCCUAGGACUCAUUGCCAGCUUCUUCGUGAUUGCUUGCCGGAGAGCGAUCGAGCCACCCCUCACAUUUCCACCCCUCUUUCCUACACUCUCCUCUCCUCUGAGAAAUAGCCACCAAUUUGCCCCUCUCCUCUGAGAAAGCCCCCAAUCCAAUCUUUGUCUUUCUUUACUCCUCCGACUACAUGGGCCCAGGUGCAUUCAGCUACCUAGUGACCGGGCUGUGGAUGCGCAGGAACACGUCACUUUGAGCGCCUCAUUGGCCCAGACCAGUGGAGUGAAUCUUUAAUAUUUGAUUAGAGGAGUGUCAGGCAUCAAUUAUUCUGUAAUUCUACACAGCGCACAGAGGGAGAAGGGGAUGGCAAACAGUUGAAGUGGUUGACCUGUUAAUCACUGUCCGUUUUGUUCACGUCACAAAGUGAGUAAGUACAACAGCUGUAAGCAGAGAGGAUGGGAGGUAAAACAACGCAUGCAACUAGUCCAGUUAAUGUAGCUCAUGGAACAAAGUGGGAUUAAAAUGUUUGAUGGGAAACUAUGAGAAAUAUGCAUAUAGAAGAAAAAUGCACACAAACAGUGUGUGGGUUUGUAUAGAUGCUUCAGUCUCGUGUCAUGUUGGAAAAAAUACCCUCAUAAAUUUGAACUGGAACCUGUGAAAUGUCAAUGAUCAUGAUAAAAAAUACUGUAAAUUCAUUUGUUUUCCAUUGUGCCAAUUAUAUUUUACAGUCUUAAGGUAUAAAUAAGCUUGAAGAUCUGGUGAAUUUAGACUUUUGUUUUCACUUGUGUUUUUGUGUAUCAAAUGAUUUAUGUCUGUGUCUUAAAGGGCCUGUGUCAUGGCACUGGCACUCAAAAGCGUUGCAUGGCUACAUAGUCGCACUGCAAAGAACAACACUUUGGUGUAAAAAAGGUGAUUUGGAAGCCUCAUGAAUACUGUAUGUUACCUAAACAGAUGUUUCCCAAUUGCAGACAGGAGGAAAAAAUGGUCCUCUUUUUAAAAGACUCUUUAUUUUUUCUUUCCUUUUUUGCCUUUCUUGUAUUUGUUUCUGUAUCAUAACUGUCUAUGGUUUUUGCAUAAAAUGCAUAAGGGUUUUGGGAUGUAAAUGGAAUUUUAUUCAUAUUUUGUCCAAAUACCUCUUGUAAUUUGUAUCAGAAUUCUUGUACAAUUUUUAUAUUAAAGAUUUAUCAGUCACUG